GAGCCUCAGUCCCUCACAGCACUCCUGUCAGCGAUCUUUGCUUGCCUCAGCUGCAUCAUAAUCUUCAUCGCAUUAACUCAGCACCAGUGUCAUCGUGACCAAAGAGAGAACCAACAAUGUCCAGCAUGAUCAAGGUGUUUCUGCUCCUGGCUGUCAUGGUCUGCAUCUCCAAAGCUCAAUUCAAUGAGAUGGGGCAGCAGUGUCUGUGUCACCGUGUCAGAAAUGGCAUCGGCAGGAAGUCUGAAAUAAAGGACGUCCAGAUCUACCCGGCUACCAACUUCUGUAAUAAAGUCGAGAUUGUGGUGACCCUGAACAGCAGCCUUCGCUAUUGUCUGAACCCCAAGUUGAUGGCAGUGAAGAAACUCCUGACUAACAUCAUGGGGAAUCAGAAAAAUACCACAACCAAACCAAAGGAGUUCACUACCACCGCUGGCAGCACCAACACACCCAUCGCUCCCUCUGCUUAACUCCAUGGACGAACAAAAACCUGAAGGACCUCUUACCCAAAGACAUAAAGAAUGCAAAAAAACUUUUUCUAUAUCUAUGUUCUAUUUAUACUGAUGUGCACACGCAGCGUGUGUCUCUGCUAUACUGUGUCAUGUUUCAAUUCUGCUGUAUAAAAAUGUUUUUGUAUUUUUUUAAUAAAUC